UAUGCCAGGUUUGGGGGCCACUUGCCUGUGCCCCGGGCUGAUGCACUGCUGCCCUACUGGGUCCCUCUGUCCCUGAGACCACGAAAGCAGGUCUCAAAGAUGAUGCGGUGUUAUGUCCCCAGAGCCAUGAGGUCGUGCCGUUGCCCCUGCCACAGCUUUGGGGGGCGCCUUCCGAUGCCCAGGGAGAGGGCUGUCAUGCCCUAUUGGGUGCCCCAGGGGCUGAGGUCCCAGAAGAAGGUGGUGAAGAGGUUGGAGAAUGUUAAAGGCACUCCAGAGUGCUCCCUGGACUCAAGCAGCCGCCAUGGCCGUUGGCGAGUUUGCGGGGACCAGCGUCUCCUCCUCAAGUGGCAGCAGCUCCAGGCCCUUCAUCAGGAUGAGCUGCCUCAGGAGCUCAGGCCUCAGGAGGGGGAGCCACAUGCUGGCCGCUUGGGCCUCUUCCUGCCCAUCAGCUUCAAUCUCCUGACCCUGCUGCAGGCUGUCCUGAGGGCCAUCAUGGCCAUUCGGUGAGCUGCUGGGGAGUUGAGAAGGGGUGGGCCCAGACUCAUCCCUCACUUUGGAAUCUAGAGUCCCUGCCGCCAGCAUCUUGCCCCAGACUUGCCUUAUGUCCUUUACUGAAAGACUGUUAAGCCCUUGGAUACCAUGGUGACAGCACUUGUAAGCCUCUUCCAAGAAGUACCCCUGGCUUCACUGGCCUGGCUCUGGGGCAGUGGUGCUGGCCCAGCCCCUUUGUCCAGCUGGGAUAUGGGGAGCACUGUGAACCUUCACAUCACAUACCUGACUGCCCCUGUGGCCUGGCAGACACUUGAUGGCAGGGAGUCCAGCUCAGAGCCUACGAAGGAGCAAGGAUGCUAUGGAGCUUCUUCUCCCAGCUCUACAAAACUAGGUGUUUUCUCCCUUCCUGUGAGUGGGUGCUAAAGGUCAGAGUCUCACUGGGUCCCACAACUGGGAAUCAGAGAUGCUGUACUGACCCAGUCCACUUCCCCAGUUCCUGAGCAUAGGGGGAACCCAGUGACUGAGGGGAUGCCCACACCAUCCUCUCUGUGAAGGCUCUCGGCAAGCCCAUGCCCAGGACAGCGAGCGCUCAGCCUGGGGGACAGUUCCCAGCACUUGCCUUUCUCUUGGCUUUCUAGCCAUUUGUUCUGGGACUGAAGUGGAGUCUUCAGCUACUGUCAAGAUCCUCAGCAAGAAUGUCAGUCACCAUCAUGGUCCUCAAGGGAAGCCCUCAGAUCAGGAGGAUCUGUGACACUUGCUGUUUCCACACACGAUAAGAUCUGCACCCAUGAUCCAAUCUGAACUAGAAGCCACCAUGUGACUGUUAGUUGAAGGGGGGCUGGUGUGAAUGUCCAAAUGAGUCUGUUAUGAAUGCAGCCAAUAAAUGUUAUUUGUGAA